AACUUUAAUUUUUUUUUUUAUAAUUUUCAUGGUUGGAUGCCAACUUAGUAUGGCAAGCUAUUUUUCUUAAAACUUAAAUUAUAUUUUCGAUAAAUGAGAUAGAAAUGUUAUUUUCGAUGUAUCCAUUAAAGAAAAUAAAAUUAAGUCAAUCCAUAAUCAAUGGCCUCUCAAUAAAGCCACCAAACUUCCACUUUUUUUUCUCCCUCAUUUGUUUUUCCCUACACCAAAAAAGCACUGAACUUACCAUUUCCCUCAUUCUCCAAGCAAUGGCUUUCCACGUUUUCUUCUUCUUCACUCUACUUUUCAUGGCUUAUAACCCACCCGAACUACUCGCCAUUCCGGUUUUACCCGAACCCGACCCGGAAGAACUCCAUUCCCAAACUUUCCUCCCUUCCCCUGCACCUCCGGCGACAAUUCCCGCUUUCCCGGAGCAGUCAAACGUCGCCGGUUGUCCAUUGGAUCUACCGGAAGAACUCUUCCACAGCGUAAAAUCAGCUUGUGGGUCCCACAGUUAUUCGGGUCAAGUACACCAGACCCGUUGUUGCCCCGUUUUAGCAGCUUGGCUCUACUCAGCUUACUCUAGAACUGCGUUACACAGAGCCGUCAGCAAACUCCCACAGUGGACUACUACUACUUCCGUUGAUAUGCCGGUGCUUCCUGAUGAUUCGGAGACGUGUGUGGAUUCGCUGGAAAAGGCGUUGGGUAACAGAGGGAUUGAGUUGGUGAAGCCGAAUGGGACGUGUGAUGUUGUUUAUUGUUAUUGUGGAAUUAGGCUUCAUCCACUUAGUUGUCCAGAAGCAUUUUCUGUGGAUUCAGAAGGGAAAUUGGUUGGUGAUAAAAGUGUGAAGAAACUGGAAAGAGAUUGUUUGAGUAGUAAUGGGUAUACUGGUCUUGCUGGUUGUUCAAAGUGCUUGAACAGUCUUUAUCUGCUUAGUGAGGGGAGAGUCGGAAACAAGAGCAGGUCAGAUGAUAGGACUAAGAAAAUGCGCAGCCGGGAUUGCCAAUUGAUGGGCCUAACAUGGCUUCUCAACAAAAAUAGAUCUGGUUAUAUUCACACAGUUUCUUCUGUUUUGAGGGCUCUAAUGUUGACCGAAGGCAGUUCAGAUCCUCAAUCAUGCACACUUAACAGUGAUGGCAUGCCACUUGCAGUAGACUCCUCAGAGAUCAACGAUGAAUCUUCUGCAUUUGCCAUUCAGAGAUCACUUUAUCCGUAUCUCCUACCUUUAGUUUUAUUGUACAUAAACUCUGUGGCAUUGCUCUUCACAUAGUGGUUAAUCUCCAGCGCUUCAUCCUUGUACUAAAAAAUGUAGAACUUGUUCAAAUGCCACGUAGGGCUAAUUCAGUCAGUCCUCUGUAUUCGUUCAUUCAGAUUAGUGAAAUUGUAAUUUUUGUGGUUGUGUAACGACUGUUCAGCAGAUGAAUGAAGCUAUGGCUGUUCAUUGAAA